UUGGACUUCUUGAACCACUCGAAUUUGGGAAGGAGUUUAAGAUUUUUCGUUUUUAAAGACACACUAAAUGUAUGAGAAAUUGACAAAAUGGAGAACCAAAAGGAAAACCUCUUUUCUGAGCCACAUAAAAGGGGACUGAUGAAAAGCCCCUUGCAAGAGUCCUCGAAAGCCAACAUAGUAUUGGCUGAGAUCCAGCCUGACUUGGGUCCUUUAACCACGCCGACCAAGCCCAAGGAAGUUUGCCAAGGAGAGCCAUGGACACCCACAGCCAACCUGAAAAUGCUUAUCAGUGCGGUGAGCCCAGAGAUCAGAAGCCGAGAUCAGAAGAGGGGCCUAUCUGACAACCGUGGAUUACCUGAAGCUAGAGACUGUUUGCAUGAACACUUAUCUGGAGAUGAGUUUGAGAAAUCCCAGCCAAGUCGAAAGGAGAAAAGCUUGGGGUUGCUGUGCCACAAAUUCCUAGCGCGGUACCCUAGGUACCCCAACCCUGCUGUGAAUAAUGACAUCUGCCUGGACGAGGUGGCCGAGGAGCUCAAUGUUGAACGGCGACGGAUUUAUGACAUUGUGAAUGUACUAGAGAGCUUGCACAUGGUGAGCCGCCUUGCCAAAAACCGGUACACCUGGCACGGCCGACACAAUCUCACCAAAACCCUCGGGACUCUGAAGAGCGUCGGGGAGGAGAACAAGUACGCUGAGCAGAUCAUGAUGAUCAAGAGGAAAGAAUACGAGCAAGAGUUUGACUUCAUUAAGAGCUGCGCCAUAGAGGACCAUGUGAUCAAGUCAAACACUGGCCAGAAUGGGCAUUCAGACAUGUGUUUUGUCGAACUCCCCGGAGUGGAGUUCCGGGCAGCUUCUGUGAACAGCCGCAAAGACAAGUCCUUACGAGUGAUGAGCCAGAAGUUUGUGAUGCUGUUCUUGGUGUCCACGCCGCAGAUAGUGAGCCUGGAAAUCGCCGCCAAGAUUUUAAUUGGGGAGGACCAUGUGGAAGAUCUGGAUAAAAGCAAGUUUAAAACAAAAAUUAGGAGGUUGUAUGACAUUGCUAAUGUUCUGAGUAGCCUGGAUCUCAUCAAGAAAGUCCACGUCACGGAAGAAAGAGGUCGGAAGCCAGCUUUUAAAUGGACAGGCCCAGAAAUCAGCCCAAAUACUAGUGGCUCCAGCCCAGUCGUGCCUCUUACCACCUCCUUCUUAGAGGUGGAGCAGUCUGCAAAAGAGAACUGUGCCAAAAACCUCUUUUCUACACGGGGGAAACCCAGCUUCACUCGACACCCAUCCCUUAUCAAAUUGGUAAAAAGUAUAGAAAGUGAUCGGAGAAAGAUCAGUUCUGCCCCCAGCAGCCCUGUCAAGAGCAGCAAAGCUGAGACUUCUCAAAAUUCUCCACCCCUCCCAAACAAGAUGGCUCAGCUCGCUGCUAUCUGCAAGAUGCAGUUGGAAGAGCAGUCAAGUGAACCCAGGAAGAAAGUGAAAGUAAAGCUAGCAAGAUCCGGGCACUACAAACCACUGGCCCCUCUGGACCCUGCAGUGAACACCGAGCUGGAGCUGCCCGCACCCUCCCUCAUCCAGCCCCUGGGGGUGGUCCCCCUGAUCCCUAGUCCAUUGUCAUCUGCAGUGCCUGUGAUCCUACCUCAGGCCCCUUCGGGCCCAUCCUAUGCCAUCUACUUGCAACCUGCCCAAGCCCAAAUGCUGACACCACCCCAUGGCCUGAGCCCAACAGUCUGCCCCACCCACUCCUCUAAUGCUACUGGAUCCAAAGACCCUACAGAUGUCCCCACUGAGAGGACCACCACAGAUGCCACCAUGUCCAGCGCCUCCUGCAGACCCGGAAGCCUGCAGCCAGCACCGGAAAGACAGGGUGCAAAGAACCGAAGCAAGGAGACAACUGGAGAGCGAGGCACAAAGAGGGCAGGCUCCUCGGAGGACAGUGGCUCUAUAAAGAAACCUAAGGAGGACCUGAAGGCACUUGAGAAUGUCCCCACGACCCUGUUCCCGUCAGGGUACCUAAUCCCUCUCACCCAGUGCCCGUCCCUGGGGGCAGAAUCCGUGCUGUCUAGCACAGAAAACUCAGGUACACUUUCCCCAAACCACAGGAUCUACGGCUCCCCAAUUGCAGGUGUUAUCCCGGUGGCAUCAUCUGAACUCACUGCUGUGAAUUUUCCCCCUUUCCAUGUGACACCUUUGAAACUUAUGGUCUCUCCAACAUCGGUGGCAGCCGUACCUGUUGGGAACAGCCCGGCUCUCAACUCAAGCCACCCUGGUUCUGCCCAGAACCCAAGCUCAGCCAUUGUCAACUUCACCCUGCAGCACUUGGGACUCAUCUCCCCCAGUGUGCAGAUGUCUGCCAGCCCCGGGCCUGGAGCUGGCACAGUCCCUGUGUCCCCACGUGUUGAACCAGCUAGUGUCCUACCAGAUAACUUGAGCUUUCGGCAAGGGAGGGCCACCAACCAUGACUCGCCAGUCCCGGGCCAGAGCCAACUAAAUGGACAGUCAGUUGCUGGGGCAGGACCACAACAGUCUGUUCCUGUGACACCCAAAGGCUCCCAGUUGGUGGCUGAAAGUUUCUUCCGUACCCCAGGUGGACCAACCAAGCCUACCAGCUCACCCUACAUGGAUUUUGAUGGUGCUAACAAAACCUCCUUUGGAACCCUCUUUGUCCCACAGCGUAAACUGGAAGUCUCAACUGAGGAUGUCCAUUGAUUGACUGAAGACGGUGGUUUAAUUUAAUUUCCUAAAGGGCUAUUUAAUGAGAUGAUAUACACAUACGGAUUGAGAGAAUACCACCUUUGAAAAUACUGUAAAUACUUUGGGGGUUUUACUCAGUAUCACCGCGAUAUU